AUGUUUCGAGGGUCUCGGAUCUUUCUUUGCACAAUUAACGUCGCCUCUGGCGUAACGGGUGCUGCUGCUGCUACUACUACAACUACCACUUCUGGUAAUGCCGGUACUUCUUCGCAUAAUAAAAUUGCACGACCAUUGUAUUUGGAUGUUCAGGCAACGUGUCCAUUGGAUCCACGUGUGCUUGAUAAGAUGAUGCCUUACUUGACAGAGUGUUAUGGGAAUCCCCAUAGCCGAACUCAUAGUUAUGGUUGGAAAGCAGAAGAUGCGGUGGAGAAGGCUCGUGCACAGGUAGCAGAUCUUAUUGGAGCUAGUCCAAAAGCUGUAUUCUUUACUAGUGGUGCAACAGAGUCUAAUAAUAUUGCCAUUAAGGGAGUGGCUAACUAUAAUAAAGGAAAAAAGAAUCAUAUUGUAACACUUCAGACAGAGCAUAAAUGUGUUCUUGAUUCUUGUCGUUAUUUGGAGAUGGAUGGAUUUGAAGUGACAUACUUACCUGUUGAAAAGAAUGGUCUUGUUAAUCUUCAAACUCUAGAGGAAGCAAUUCGACCAACUACUGCCCUUGUUUCUUGUAUGUAUGUGCAUAAUGAGAUUGGUGUUAUUCAACCUAUAAGUGAAAUUGGUAAGAUAUGCCGAAAAAAGAAGGUUUUCUUCCAUACAGAUGCUGCCCAAGCGUUAGGUAAAGUACCUAUUGAUGUGGAGCGUGAUAACAUUGAUCUUAUGUCACUUUCAUCACAUAAAAUAUAUGGACCUAAAGGAUGUGGUGCUCUUUUCUUAAGACGUCGUCCACGUGUACGUGUGCGUUCGCCUAUCAGUGGUGGUGGUCAAGAACGUGGUGUACGAAGUGGGACGAUCGCAACAGCGCAAGUAGUUGGCAUGGGUGCCGCCUGUGAAAUAGCAAAGGCGGAAAUGGAGCGUGAUAGAACCCGAAUUAAGGCACUUUCUAAACGGUUACUAGAGGGUUUGCAGAGUCGUUUACCACACAUAACUGUUAAUGGAGACUUGCAUCAACGUUAUCCUGGUAAUCUCAACAUUAGCUUUGCCUGUGUGGAGGGCGAAAGUCUUUUGAUGGGUAUGAAAAAUGUGGCUGUCUCAAGCGGAAGUGCCUGUACAAGUGCUUCACUGGAACCCAGUUAUGUUCUCCGUGCACUUGGCAUUGAUGCUGAAAAUGCGCAUACUUCAAUUCGAUUUGGUAUUGGACGUUUUACCACAGAACGAGAAAUUGAUUUCACCAUUGAGGAGUGUGUUCGUAAUGUUGAGCGGCUGCGGGAGAUGUCGCCUCUGUGGGACCUGCUGCAAGAGGGAAAAGGAUUGUCGGAUGUACAGUGGCGGUAA